AGUGCCGUUUUCGCCCACGCCGCGAGAGGGCGCUUUGUCGCCCAACUCUCGACCACGUGACUUGUUGAAUCGCUAAUACCGAAACAUGUCACGUAUCCAACAAACGCGAUAAGUGCAAUGACAAUAUACUUUGACAUGAAUUUUAUUACUAAACCUCUAUACAACCAUGCUAGACUUUUCAUGAUACUGAGUUUCGCUUUAGCGAUAUUAGUGGCCGGAAUUUUAUUACGUGCGACUAAUCGCCCUGUUAUUACAGAGGAUAUUCGCAACGGCACGGAAUAUGAGCUUGAAAUAAAUGCGACAACCGCGGAUCCGGGGAAAUCCAGAAGAAAAGAAUACCUGUACCGCCUUUUGACAAAUACGACCCGUUCCCUCAUACAAAUGGAAAUAAAAGCAAAGAGACUUGAGGAAAAUAUGCGUAGGAUUAAGGAGAAGACUGCAGAUUUAUUGUGGAAGAAUAAGGACAAAGCGCUGUGGCACAUUUUGUUCAAGAAUAUAAGCAGACAUAUUUCAAUCCGGCACGAAUUCCACCAGCAUGCCAGUCUGCACAGAAUAAUGCAGGAUAAACAUGUACAUCACGGACGUAGAAAAGUUUUUUUAAGCCGGUAGACAGUUAGUGUUAAGACAAUUGACAAUAAUAUUUUGUUUAGUGUUAAAAUUGAGUUGAUGGUGGCUGAAGGACUCAAAGCACGCAAAGGACCGGGGUACUCGUCGCCCCUGGAAGCGUUCACAAAGGGCGCCCGGGAACAGCUCCUGUACGCUGUGUGUGUGCAGCCGGACCGGACCAAACAGGAUUACUUGGCCACCGUCGAUGUGGACCCGAAGUCACAGACUUAUUGCAAGGUCAUACACCGCACAUACACGGGAAAUGUGGGAGAUGAGCUUCAUCACAGCGGGUGGAAUGUCUGCUCUAGUUGCCACGACAACCCUGAGCUGAAGAGGGAUCUCCUCAUCCUACCCGCUCUUGGAUCUUGCAAUGUCUACGCUGUUGAUGUUGGAACUGACCCUAGGAAGCCGGAAAUACAUAAGGUAAUCGACGGCAGGGAGAUGAGGUCAUUCAACUGCAGCUACCCCCAUACGGCGCACUGCCUAGCGACUGGCGAGAUCAUGAUUUCCACGAUGGGAGAUAAAGACGAAAACGGAAAGGGGGAUUUCGUGCUCAUCGAUUCCAAGACUUUGAGAAUGACAGGGACGUGGACGAAGGGAAAGACGGCUAAGUUCGGAUACGACUUUUGGUACCAGCCCUAUCACGACGUAAUGAUUGCCAGUGAAUGGGGCACUCCUAAAUAUUUCAAGACUGGAUUCCAUGCUGACGACGUAAACAAUAAAGACCGGUAUGGCAGCUCACUAAACGUUUACAAAUGGUCGACUCGUGAGCUGCAACAAGUCAUAGAUUUGGGCAAAGAAGGCAUCGCGCCCCUCGAAAUCAGAUUCCUCCACGAUCCGAAAGCAGCUGAAGGAUUUGUUGGGUGCGCUUUGGAGGCUAACGUUUACAGGUUCUACAAAACUGCGAACGGGACGUGGAAAGCCGACAAAGUCAUCGACGUACCAGCGAAAAAAGUUUCCAGAGACGGUGUCGAGUCCCAGCUUAACGGUUUAAUGUCCGACGUUCUCAUUUCCCUGGACGAUAAGUACUUGUACUUCUCGUGCUGGUUACACGGCGACGUGAGACAAUAUGAUAUUUCUGACACGAAGAAUCCUAAGCUAACUGGUAUUGUACGGUUCGGAGGACUUGUCCAACAUGAUAAACUCAAAGUUUUAGAAGACAAGGAGUUUAAGGAACCGUCGCCACAGCUGGCAGUCAAGGGAAAGCAGCUACAGGGUGCUCCUCAGAUGCUGCAGCUGUCUCUCGAUGGAAAACGGCUUUAUGUGUCUUCUUCACUUUUCUCUCCUUGGGACAAACAGACAUAUCCGAAGAUGACUCAGGAGGGCGGUUGGAUAGUAAAACUUGAUGUAGACAUUGAAAAUGGAGGUAUGAAGUUGGAUCCAGAAUUUUUGGUGCACUUUGGUGAUGAACCUAACGGUCCUGCGCUACCGCAUGAAAUGAGAUAUCCUGGAGGAGACUGUACAUCAGAUAUUUGGCUGGCUCAAGAUGCGUAAUAUAUGUGUGCCAAUAUUUUUUAUCACAAUAUACUUAUCUUGUAGGUAUUUAGGCUUUCAAUUGUAACCCUGAACCGUUACCUUCAUUAAAUUCUAAGAUUAUAUUAUAUUAAAAUGAGAAAUUGAACACGAAUUUUGUACAAAAUUAUAAUUAUAAAAAAAAUACGUAAUAUAUUAUAUAACAUAA